CUCCCUUAGUCCUUCCCUUGCCGGACGGCUUCCGUCGCUUGACUCGCCAUGGGAGGAUGUUUCUCCAAACCCAAACCAGUGGAAGUGAAAAUCGAGGUGGUGCUGCCGGAGAAGGAGCGCAUCAAAGAGGAGGCGUCGCCCAAUGGGAAGGCCAGCCCCAUUGUUUACAAGGCCAACGGCACCUCGCGGCAUUACCAGCUGGAGGAGCACCCGGUCGCCCUCAACCUCUACCGGAACGUGAAGGAUGUGGUGGAGGCCUCCGUUUGCCACGUGAAGGACCUGGACAAUGGACAGAUGCGAGAAGUUGACCUGGGCUGUGGGAAGGCUCUGCUGGUGAAAGAAAACGGAGAGUUUUAUGCCAUGGGCCACAAGUGUCCUCACUACGGCGCCCCACUGGUGAAAGGGGUCUUGUCCAAAGGCCGGGUCCGAUGUCCCUGGCACGGGGCUUGCUUCAACAUCGGCACUGGUGAUAUCGAAGACUUCCCAGGGCUGGAUAGUCUCCCCAAAUUCCAGGUGAAAAUCGAGAAGGAAAAAGUGUACAUCCGAGCAAGCAAACAGUCAAUGGAUUCCCACGCUGACCAGAUUGCUCUGCGUCCGAAAGAAUUCUUCCGCACAAACGACAUUGAGGUCCUGACUGAAAUGCAGGUGGCAGCAGUGGAUGUCAAGAACAAGACGGCUAUUUUCAAGGAUGGCUUUAAGAUGGAGUACAAUAAGUUGCUGCUGGCAACAGGAAACACACCCAAAACACUCAGCUGCAAAGGCAAGGAAGUGGAGAAUGUCUUCACCAUCCGUGCUGUGGAAGAUGCCAACAGGGUGGUCAAAGUGGCCACUGGCAAAAAUGCCGUGGUGGUGGGAGCCUCUUUCCUUGGGAUGGAGGUGGCUGCCUACCUUUCGGAGAAGGCUCACUCGGUCUCGGUGGUGGAGCUGGAAGAAGUGCCCUUCAGGAAAUCUUUUGGAGAGAAGGUUGGGCGAGCCAUCAUGAAGAUGUUUGAAAACAACCGAGUGAAGUUCUACAUGCAGACCGAAGUGUCGGAACUGCGCGAACAGGAGGGCAAGCUGAAGGAGGUCGUGCUGAAGAGCGGCAAGGUUCUCCGGGCGGACGUCUGCGUGAUCGGCAUAGGGGCCACUCCAGCUACCGGGUUUUUGAAGCAGAGCGGGGUCCAUCUGGACUCCAAAGGUUACAUCGUGGUGAACAAGCCAGGGCGCAUAGCAGCACUGAACAUGCUGGCCUAUGGGACCGAAAUCAGCACCGUCCCUUACCUGUGGACUGCCAUGUUUGGCAAAAGUAUUCGCUAUGCAGGUCAUGGAGAAGGAUUUGAUGAUGUGAUUAUUCGGGGAGACCUAGACGAACUUAAAUUUGUAGCCUUUUACACUAAGAGUGACGAGGUGCUGGCCGUGGCCAGCAUGAACUAUGACCCCCUGGUCUCCAAAGUGGCUGACGUCAUGGGCUCUGGCAGAGCCAUCCGCAAGCGAGACGUGGAAACUGGAGACAUGUCCUGGCUGACGGGGAAAGGCUCCUAAGAGCUUGGAAUCCUUUUGAGCUUGGCUCCCUUUCUGGGACCCUCUGCAAAAGCCACCUUCCUCCAGGCAUGGCGAGCCCGACCAUCCCCCCCGUGACUCUUCUCCCGGCUCUCCCCCUCAUCUCAAGGGUCUCUCCGGAGCGCAUCGGAAGUGGACUUGCCUUCGCAGCUGCAGUUCCGAAGAUGGAGCUGAAGGAAGGAAGCGUGGAACCUCCGGGCUGGAAGGCUCUCCGUGGAGGAGGCAAGAGAAGGAAGGGAUAGACACAAACGUGUGAUGGGCACCUUUGGCAGGCUGGCACAGGCUGCUGAGGCUGCUGGGGGAGGGGGCACAGCUUCCUCAGUGGGGCUGCCUGGCGCCCACCCUUCCCUUCUCCCGAGGCAAGCCCUCUCCUGCUUCUCUCCCGGUGCCAUGUGCCAAAAUGUUCUCUGGAAUCAUGUGGACGGAGGCAGAAGACUAGAAGGUCCCUUGGACAGCUGGGAAACCAGAACGUGGCCUGAGCAGCUUCUGUUCCUUUCUCUUUGUGGCUGAACUGCCCGUGAUAUCUACUGGGAUGACUGGAAUCCACACGGUCUUCCCUGGUUCUAUCUCCCUCCCCCCACUUUUCUUUUCUUUUUUUUUGGCAAUGCACUUUAUAGAUCCUAGACCAAGUUUCUCCUGCAGGAACACUGAAGCAAGGCAGGAUUUCAUUCUUGGGCCAGGGUGGUUUUUUCUAACUGGAUAAGUAGGGAAGGAUUCAUGUUGGCCAGAGGUCUCCAAACGUGGCAAUAUUAAGACUUGUGGACUUCCAUAAUUCCUCAGCUAGCAUAUCUAUCUAUCUAUCUAUCUAUCUAUCUAUCUAUCUAU